AUGCUCUCGGAGUGGUGGGAUGCCGCCGUCCAGGCUUUGCGGGCACGGGCUUUCGUCCCCGUGCACGAGUUAUCCGCAGCUGUCGAGCAUGUCGCCCAGGUUUUCACGCCGCCGGUUCUGCACUCGCCCUGGGUUAUGCGGUUCCGGGCCUGGGCCGCAGCGCAGGCCGGAAACGUCACGUCCCUGGCCGAAUUAGUCCGUGUGAUUGCCGUAGCGCCCGAGGGCCACUACAUCGCGGCACCGCUGCAGGAGGCACUGCUCACCCUUUUGGUCGGCCCCGCGGCUGUCGCCACCUCUGCGCGAUCGAGGGCCUGCGAGCCCGGCCGGUCGAGGUACCACCACAAUCGGCCUCUGCUCACGCUGCCGCGCCAGCGGCUGUGCGCUGGCAAGGUGAUGAGCCGGUUGAUGACGCUGCUGCGCCCGCAGCUGUGCGUCAGCAGGGUGAUGCGCCGCUUCUUCCGCCCGCAGCACCUGCCCCCGCCGCCCCACCACAAGCCCAGCACACAGCUGCCUCUCAUGGGACACAUCCACCGGGCGCGGACGGGGAGCCUGUUGCAGAUUUCAUUGGGUCCGCCGCUGCACGCAUC